AAAAAGAAGGGUAAAAGUGCGAGGAAAGUUUUUCUGUUGCAGUUUUAUUUCAGACGAGAGAGAGAGAGAGAUGGAGACGCGGUCGAGCCGAGGCUGUCGUUACGAGCUGCGCUCAAAAGUUUCGUCUAAUGCCAAAAAUUUGCGUUCUCAGGUCAAAUCCAGUGCCAGCAGAUCGCGAAAGAAGCAUAAGCUCAUAAAUGGAGCCGAAGGUGAAAAUAAAGCUAAAGGUAAUAAGAAAGGGUUAUCUAACUCAUCAGGCAUGGACUCAAAGGACUUGACAGCACUGAAGCAGCAUGUGGCUCGUAAACGUUUGUUUGCAAAUCUAGCCUUGAAGUUCUAUAAGAAAAAGACGGGUCAAAACCUUGAGCUUGUCGACCCUGGUUACAAGGGACAAGGUUUUCUGAAAGAAGGGCUUGUCCGCCAUAUAAACUUUGAGGCUAAGAAUAAAGAUGAUCCCAAUGCUUCAGAGCUCCAAUUUUUCGCUGAACUCACCACCACACGCAUUUCAAAUCACCGUGUUGACCUCUGCAUCUCUUUGGGACCAACUGUUAAACUUCCAGAAUAUGCUGAUACUCGUGGUUGCUGUAUAUGCUACCCUGGCGUUAUUUAUCAUCCUGCAACAGCAAGGUUCAAAGGCAGAGAUUAGCAUGGAAUGCAUAUGCUCAAGUCUCAUGUCCCGUUCAUAUGAGAAUUCCAUCCGUCACUUGACUAUAUUCUACCGCCUUUUGUAACUUGUUUAUUAGCUGUUGUCCCAAAAAAGAAAAAAAAGGAACAAAGGAAAACAAUGAAACUUGUGUCUCUACUCUCUACCCUUACUACCUUUUAGUUUUGUGUUAGGAUAUCCUUAUACUUAUAUUGUGUUUCUAGUGUGUUUGCUGUAUUUGUAUAUAAGGGCACCCUCCUCCGUUGUGUGGUUUGUUUGUC